GAAUAAAAAAAGAACUCAUCUUUUGUGUGCGGCAUUGAAUUUCAAUUGUUAUUACAAUAAAAAGACAAAUUGUUGCUAGUUUGUCCUACUUUUUCGAUACAAGUGAUAUUCGGAUAGUUCCCGCAGCGUUCAAAAUAACAGUAUAGCUGCAAUGCGCCGUAAAGCAAGCGGCGGUGUAAGUACACCGGAAAAAUCGACACCACGCCGUUCCACCCGUGGUCGCGUCCGACGCUCACCGUCGAAAUCCCCCGAACCGGAACCAGACACCGACGACCGAGAGUACGGUGCUAGUGCCAGUACGCAGGAUGAGGAGAAAAACAGCAGCUCGGAGGAGGAAACUACUAGUCGCAAAACAGGUGCGAGAGGUCGCGGAGGUCGCGGCAGAAGUGCUUCUUCACGCCGUAAGACGGAAGAAGCGACACCGUCCCGCACUCGGCGUAAUAGUCGCCGUGAGAAAGAAGUGCAAGAAGAAUUGCCUCCCGAACCAGUGCAAGCAGAAGAAAACGGAGCAGAAAAUAAAAUAGAACAAGUCGUCGACCAACCGGAUGCGGUCGACACUGUUACGACCGAAGAGGUGAUGGAUCCUAUUCCGGAAGAGACUGUUGAAGAGCUACAAUCUUCAGACACGGUCGAACCGAAUGUGGUGCAAGACGAACAAGAUGGAUGCGAGAGCACAGCUUCUGUACGUCACGAUGAGCGAGAGCACGAGGAAAGGAAUGAAAGUCCCCUUGCAAAGGCAGAAGAUUCGGAACCAGAGGCGAAGGCAUCAGAAGCAACCGUAGAAAAGGUAAGUCAUACAAAUGGUGAUGAAGAGGAGAAGGAAGAAGAAGAGACAGAUGAAGGCAACGGCAGGUCAAGAGUAAAUGAACCGGAAGAUGCUCGCGAUGAUAGCAAAACGGUCGUUAACAAUCGUUCUCGAACAAGGCAAGAAAGCGAUUCCAACGAAAGUGGACCAGAAGAAGAGCGAAGGGAUGAAGAUGAGGAUCCGAGAGCAGCAAAACGAAAUGAAAGGGAAGCAGCAGAACAAGAACGCGUUGUAACUCCGGAAGAAUCGAUGGACGCGGACGCUGUCACAUCUGGUACGGAGGAGGAAGCAAAAGUUACUGAUCGUUCCGAUAAAUCACGACACCGUGGUGAUCAGCAUGCUGCUGAGACGGAUCGCUCAAGGAAAGCUUCAGUCACGGUAUCAGACUCUCCUGAGAGUAAUGUGACGCAUGUUGCUCCUCCUAGCAAAGAGGAACCGAAGGAGGAGGAAGAAUUGGAAGCGGGCGAAAUAAAGGACACCGAUCAGAAUAUGUCGGAAUCGAACGCCAAGGAGGAAAUCAACGUAAAGGAAGCACCUCGUAUCCGACCCCUCCAACGUAAGCGUCGUUGGUUAACGUCGAAGAAUACCGAUAGCAAACCGGCAGUCAUUACCAUUUCAACGGAUUCGUUAAAGAAUAUUAUUUCCGACGUGAAACCAGUUCCGUUGUCAGAUGUAAAGCUGGAAUCCUCAUCGGAACCAGAAGGUGCAGACGAAGCAGCAAGUGCCGAAGAAAACGACAAAGAUCGUGUGAGACGCAAGCUUCGUGAAUCGAAUGAAUCGUUCACACAGUUGCAACAGCAACCAUUACCACAACGACAACGCUUAUCGAAGUCGGCAGAAAAAGAAAAUAUUGCUAUCGAAGGAACCGAAGCUGAUACUAAUGGUGAUGCUUCGGUGGUGUUAGCUGGUAAACAAAAGGUAACUACAGAAAAGAUCGCUCUGUCCCGCAAGAUCAGUAUCGUAAGCGACGACGGAAGUACGGUCGGUACUACGGCACCGGUCGUUCGACCGCCAAGUCCCGCAAAGCAUCUUACGAGCAAUAUAUUGUAUAUUACGAACCUGGUGCGACCUUUCACUGUGCUGCAACUAAAGGGGUUACUUGCAAGGACGGGCAAGAUAGUAGAGAACGGGUUCUGGAUUGAUAAGAUCAAAUCGAAGUGCUAUGUUAAAUACGAAACGGAAGAUGAAGCAACGGAAACACGUCACGCUCUUCACGGUAUCCGUUGGCCGACUUCGAAUCCAAAGUGUUUGGUAGUGGAUUUUGGUAGUGAAGAAGCGAUGGAUAAAGCUAUCCUUUCGACUCUCGAAGAUGGUGCCCUUCGUGCUACCAUGGAAGGUGCAAAGGAGGGAAAAGAAUUCGGUUGGUCACGUGAUGCAUCUAAGAAAGAGGAGACUGUACGUCGCGUCCGUGAAUGGGAUCUUGGCAAGAAGGAUGCUUUUGAUCAGGAACGAGACGGUAGGGGAGGACGUGAUCGAGAGCGUGAAGGCGUUGGAUUGACAGAUAAAGACAAGGGAGCAGAUCGGACGGGGCGUGAUCGGGAACGUGGACGCGAAAUGGAGGAAGGGCAACGUGAUGGACGAGGCAAUCGGCCCGAUGGUGCUCCUGGUGACCGAAGUUUAGAACGAAAGCGUUCUGCUGAACGUGAAUUUGGUCGAGAAAGAAGACGCAGUACUAGUGUAUCACCAGCGAGAAAAUUCAAGAAGAAGGAAAAUGAACCUCCAAUAAGGCUGCUAGAUGAUUUGUUCAGAAAAACGAAAACGACACCAUGCAUAUAUUGGUUACCGCUCACCACGGAACAGAUUGCCGUAAAGGAAGAGCAACGGCGUAAAAACAUGGCUGAACAUCAACGCCGUGUCGAGGAACAGCGCAAGCAGGAGGAAGAGCGUGAACGUGAACGGAAGCGCGAACGGGAACGUCGUGACCGGGAACGUGAGCGAGAGCGCGAACGGGACCGCGAGCGUGAUCGCGAACGUGAUCGCGACCGCGAUCGCCGUCGGUCACGCUCCCGCGAACGCAGCCGUGACGAUGGUGGCCGACGCAGGCACAGAUAAGAACAUUUUUAACAAAUUUAGCUUCAUUUUUCAAAAAUCAUUUACCCUACCGGCUUUGAGCAUAAAACCCAGCGGAGGAGAAGAGGAAGAACAUGGGAAAGACACAGCUUGGGAGAGUUUUAAAUGUUGUAUAGCAAAUUUCUAGGAGUAAUCAUAUGCCUAGGAAUGGCCUUAAUUCGAAAGGCUUCGAAACAGAUCCAAAAACAUUGAUCGAUGUAUGAAUCCAUUAAUUGAUGCACAUUAAGGAAGGCAUAUUUGGAUAGUGACUAGAAUAAGCACAUGAAUAUUAUGCUUUCUGCAUCCUAUAUGCGCGCGCUUGUCACUGUACGUGUGUGUCAUAAUCACUUUCCUAUGGGUAUUUUCUCCCAUUAGGACAAUAUGUUUGAUAGUCAGCUAGCAAAAAAGGAAUUCGAAUAUUUCUAUGCAUAGAUGAUCUCUUUCCUCUGUACCUUAAAAUACUAUUUCACGUACAGGUUCGUUUUUACGAAACAAGAUAGCCUAUUACCGUCGAUCACUUGCUUGUUCGCAAUCGUUCAUGUAUCGAUUUACAUGUUUGUCAAUGUUUUCGUAUGCAUUGAUACUUAAUCGAAAUCGUACUAUCCAUUUUAUUAGUCAUAAUACAUCAGUUGGUAAUACUGUGCA